GAGCUGAGACGAAGGUGAACGAAGCUAUGGAUCGUGAAAAGUCGUUGGUGUUGCGCUUAGACAGGCUUCAGGAUAAACUCGAGAAACAACACGCAGAGAGGGAGAUGUAUUUUGCUGCGAUGCUCAAAAUGCUUCGAUUACACAUUGGCGAAGGGGAUAGUGAAGAAUUGGUGAACAUUGAGGUUGAUGUUGAGAAAGACUCGUUCUCAGAUUCUGUUAUUGCUUCACAGUUUCCAGAGGUUCAAGUGACUCCACAACAAGAGUUGCUUCACGACACAGUUUCGAUUGUGAAUAUUGAUUCUGAGCUGGAGACAAAAUCGAUUGAACACAUGCCUCUAGUAGCGAUCUCUGAGGAAGAACUAAUUCCACCAUUUCAGGUAUCGAUUUCUACAUUGGAACCUAGCCUUCAAUUUCACAAUGCAUCAACGGUUGUUUGUGAGGAUUCCCAAUCUGUUGUUGGUUAUGCUGACUUGUUUAAUCAUCAAGAAACGAUACUACAAGCUUCAUUUGCCAAAACAAGGGAUGUGUUGCUUCAGAAAUCAACAAGUGUCACAAACAAUGAGAUUGCACGCCAACUGUUUGGUAAAAAGUCUCAGGCUAAAGAAAGACUGAAAGUGAAGAAAAAGAGAAAAGGCUUGAAGUCGUGGAGGUUUAAAUAUAAACAAGGGAGUGAGAGACUGUGGAGGCUACACAAUAGGGUGUUCUCCUUCUUAAGUUUGUGUGACAAUAUGAUUGAUUGGCUUGGAAAAACAAGGAGGAGAAAGUUGUUUGGUGGACUUGAUAUCAGAAAGUUUCUUGAAUAUGAGUUUUAUGAAGCUCCAAUGAGAAUGGAUAUUCAGGAUUCUGCAGUUGGUAUCAAAUCAGUUUGCCAGUUUCCUUGUUUCUACAAUUGUAUGUGGCGAGCAAGUUUGGUUAUGCAACAAAUAAUGAGAAACAAAAAGUUCAGGUUGUGCAAGCGGUGGUGGUUCAAAUAUAAAUCUGUAGAAGAAGGUAUGAAGCGACUGCAGAUCCAGUUGAGGUACAAGCACAUGUUGGAAUUUGAAGAGUGGUUCAGACGUUGGGGCAUACAAGAAAACUGGAGGAAGCACAAGCCCUUGCAACUUUUCAUAAUUUCACAUAUGAAGAUUCUGAACGGUGAUUGGUGGUAUGACAUUGUGCAACUUGGGAACCCUGCAACUUCUACAGUUUUGUUCAUUCUUAAUGAUCAAAGACUAGGAGUUUCAAGUCUAGUAGACGUUGACCUGGAGAUUGUCUCGGAUGGGGAUCAGAUUCACAUUGAUUAUAAAGUGAUAAGUUGCAAAAAUCAUGCGGUUUGGAUUACUCAUUUUUCAGGCCAAGAGUACAAGCUCAUUUUAUACAGAGACAAUCUCAUAAUGCAUCUAUGGAAGCAGAGAAAACUUCCCAAGAGUUAGAGUUUUAAGUACAAAUAACUGAAGAGUUUCUGAAAUGAUCUUAAAGCAGAAGAUUGGUUCAAUGUCAAAGUAGAGCUGCACUGGUUUUACUAAGCAGACAAACUAACUCUCCAAAGAAGCCACUUUACAAUGUCUAUGAUUUGCAGAGGAGUUCUUGCCACUAAACCUUGAGGUCAAGGUUUCUCAAAGGGGGGAGAUUUGAUACGGGAAAGAAGGAUUACUUGGAGAGAAGAAGAACAUAGUUUGGAUGUGGCUGACGUGGAGGUUUUGAGGAAUCUGAUUGGAGGGAAAGGAGCU